AUGCAAAGCCUCACCCUCCUCGCCCUCGCCGCCACCAUGGCGCCCCUGGCACUCGCGCGGCCGCAGGACCAGUCCACUGACGCCGACAACUCCGGGUACACCCUACCCAGCUCGGUCCCCGCCUCCGAAGUGCUCGCGGGCAUCUACGGGACCAAUAUCCCCACAAAAGCCACAGGCGCCGUGGCGACCUCGCUCGCCAGCGCCGUCUACAGCUACGAGGAAACCCUCGUGACCGACGCGGCCUACAAGAGCGUCGCCGACGCAGUCUACAUGGCGGCCGCGACGGCGUCCGACUCGGACGCCAUCUUCUCGCAGAUCGAGGGCGUCGGCGCCGUCAACGCCCCCUACACCACCGCCGACUGGUACAAGUCCGGCGUGCCCGCCAGCGCCCAGACCGCCUUCGCGAGCUACCUGGGCCAGUACAAGGCCGUCGAGUCGAGCGUGCUGGGUGGCGCGACGGGUAGUGCGACGGGUACCACCACGAGUGGAGGCGCGGCUAAGACGACGGGGACCGCGACGAAAGAGACCGGAACGGCGAGCAGCGAUGCCGCAUCUAGCAGCACGAGCUCUGGUGGUGCUUUUAGCCCUAUGGUGACUGGCAAGGCGAUGGCUGGCUUGGCGGUUGGUGUGGCCUUGGGUGUCGCUGCUGCGCUAUGA